AACUUGCAUUCUUCCUCAUCAAAAAGACAAAAACACAUUCAUAUAAUCUCACCAUUAUCCUAUUACUUCAAUCACCUCGAUCCCUUUCGAAAUAUCUCAUUUAUUCCUAGACACGAAAACAAAACAUGAAAGGCUCCAUCCAAGUCUUCUUUCUGCUAGCCAUGCUAAUGGCUUUAGCUGCCAUUACUCUUUCCGCAUCAAUCCCGGAAGAAGAUCAACAGGAAUGGUUCUCCGAUGAGGAAAAUGAUACUCCAAAUGAACCAUCCGAUGAUCUCCCUGCGACCUUAAGCCAACCAAAAACUUCCCUUAGGGGAGCAAGCCGCUUCCUUGCCACUCGGGCUGUUGCGACUACCUGUGACAAAAACCCUAAGGUUUGUAAGGCUGCAGGCAGUGCGGGGCGAGAUUGCUGCAAGAAGAAGUGUGUGGAUUUGAAGACGGACAGAGUCAAUUGCGGCAAGUGUGGGAAGAAAUGCAAGUACUCGGAGAUAUGCUGCAAAGGCAAGUGUCUGAAUCCAAUGACUGACAAGAAAAACUGUGGGAGCUGCAACAACAAGUGCAAGAAAGGCAGUUCGUGUGUGUACGGAAUGUGCAGCUAUGCAUAGAAAUGAGCAGACCAACUUCUACGUACCCCAUGCAUGAUAAGGAUAGCACUACUUUCGCUUGUGCAGCACUGCAGCUAUAUAUAUAUAUAUAUAUACUUAUUAAAUUCAUUAUUUAUUCGUCUAAUUCAAAUUCAGUAUAAAGUACUUGAACUGUGGAAUAACUUUAAAUUAAGGCUAUGAAUUUGUGUAUUUAUGUUUAAUGUGUGCAAGGAAUAAGGGGAGCUAGUCAGCACCCAUUGGCUUUGUCUUUUAAUUAUUUGUUGUAUAAAGAACAAAAUAUAAAUUCUUCUUCGUUCAUGUUA